CCUUCAAUCCACCCCAAACUAGAAUCCCACCAUGACCCCCCUCGAAAAAGCCACCUACCUCGUGACCUCCCUCGAGCAAUACGGCCAAGGCGACUACAUCGGCGAAUCCAUCAGCCAACUCGAGCACUGCCUACAAGCCGCCCAUCAAGCCCAGAAAGCAGGCGCACAAGAAGACCUCAUUCUCGCCGCCCUCCUCCACGAUAUCGGACAAAUCACCCCCCUCGACUCGCCGAAAGAGAUCCGCAUGAAUUUGAAAAAUAGUGGUACGGGUACAGGUACAGAAACAGAGAAUGUAGGUCGAAUGGGCCAUGAAACCAUCGGAGCAGAAUAUCUUCGUUCAUUGGGGUUCAGUGAGCGGGUUUGUCGCUUGGUGGAGAGUCAUGUUCCGGCGAAGAGAUACCUCACCGCCACAAACACAGCCUACUACGAGACACUCUCGUCAGCGUCCAAAAAGUCACUCGAGUUCCAGGGUGGACCGUUCAGGGGUGCCGAAUUGGCUGCGUUUGAGCGGGAUCCGUUACGCGAUGAGAUGGUCGCAUUGAGGCUGUGGGAUGAUGCGGCCAAGGUGCCUGGGAUUGAGGCGCAGACGCCGCGAGCGGGGGAGUAUCGGGAUAUGAUUCGGGUGCAUUUGGAGGGAUGUGCUGUAUAG